GUUGCAUGUAGCGUUGAAAGGUCGCCACACAUCACGAAGACAAACAACCAGCACUCGUACAAGGAAACAAGAACAACAGCUGCUCACAUCAGAAGAAUCGUAAAGAUUUUUGGCAAAAGAAGAAAGUCUGUUAACAGCUCUGAAGACCUUGAUCAGCUGAUAUAUCUGUUUUAGCUGACAAUCAAAUCAAUUGCAAACAAUGUCUGCAUUUGAUCCGGUUGAAAAAGUAUUAAAAGAACACCUGGAUGAGCUUAGUCAAGAUGAGCUGAAGACAUUUCAGUGGCACCUGACUGUCAGAUACCAAGCCAUCCCAAAGUCCCAGCUGGAGAACGCUACCAGAGAACAAACUGUGGACAAGAUGGUGCAGACCUAUGGAGAAGAACCAGCUGUGGAGAUAACAGUUGACGUUUUCUCUAGGAUCAACCGUAAUGACCUCCAAGUAAAAUUAACUCAAGUGGCAGCUUCACGUGGGGAGCAGCAGUCUACUGAGAGACAGACACAGAGAAAUGAAGAGUCAGAUUUCUCUUGUGCAGUUUGCUUUCAUAUUUACACUGAGCCUGUGAUGCUGCAGUGUGGCCACAGCUUCUGUAUGGGUUGUCUACAAAUGCAAAGGGAGAAAAUGCGGGAGAACAACUGCCCAUUGUGUCGGAAACAAAUCCGUGAACUUGAUCCUCCAAUUAAUUUAGUUCUGAAAAAUUUAUGUGAAAACCAUCGAAACAAAAGUCAGACUGAUCCAUCGGGAGGACACGGGUUACAGUCACACCAGAACAUCAAAGAGAAGAAGGAAGCUUUUGAAAAAGUCAAACAGUUUUGUGAUUCAUCAAUUGAAAACAUUAAGAGUCAGAGCUGUGACACAGAGAAGAUGAUUAAGGAGGACUUCAACAAGCUUCAUCUCUUCCUCAGAGAAGAGGAAGAAGCCAGAAUAAAGAAACUAAAAGAAGAAGAGACCCAGAAGAUUCGAAUUGUGCAGCUGAUGAUGACAGAUCUUAGCAGAGACACGUUCUCACUCUCUGACACUGUGAAGGACAUGGAAGACUUAGGAGCUGACAGCUCAUUCAUACAGACUUUUAAAACUCAAAUGGAAAGAGCUCCGAACGUACUGCCAGACCCAAAGCUGCUUCCCCAGUCACUUAUAGAUACUUCAAAACAUGUGGAAAACCUCCAGUUUGGAGUCUGGGAGAAGAUGAAGAGCAUCAUCAAACCUGUCCCUGUGAUUCUGGAGACCAACAAUGCAUCUUCAUCACUUCCUUUGGUCAACAGUCAGAACAUGUGUGCUGCCAAGCCUGAACACAACAUCGGUAUUGGGAAAUAUUAUGGAUUCUACGACGAUUAUGAAGAUUAUUAUGACAAUUAUAAUGAUUUUCGUGGCUAUGAUGACGACCUGUGAGUCAAAAGCUUGUCUCACAAUCCUGACUAGCUAGACAGCUUAUUUUAGUUACUGUCCGUCCGCACGUCCAUCCAUUCUUGUGCUGAAUAUCUCGGGAACACCUUGAGGGAAUUUCUUCAAAUUUAGGGUUUGGUGUUCACAAACCAUACUGUUGGUCAACAAAUCAUAUCAGCAAUCAGUCAUAGGUCAAAUUUACAACCAAGAAUAAAAUUAUCCAAAUGUGGUUGUGUGUUAUUUUAUAUUACAACACACUGAGUCAUUUUUUUUGUUGAAAAAAGACCAUUCUACCAAGUAUUUCUGUCUAUGUAUCAUUUUCUAAUAAAGAAACUCAAAUAAAACAUUCUACUGGUGAAGUU